GUCUGAAAGUAGAGACGUGAGAAACUUUUGCAGGCAUAUGUGAGUGUUUGUGAAGACUGGACAUAGUAAACGACACAAUGACUGAACCGAGUUUAUUUCGGUACUUCUGCACCGCCGGUAACGGGAUGGAGAGGUUCUUAGUGGAGGAGGUGAAGACGAAGCUGGCGGCUGAAGAUGUGUGUCAGAUGCCAGGUAAAGUGUUGUUCAGCUCCUCUGCAACGAUCGUCAGAGUCAGUGAGCUGAAGGCUGCAGAGAGACUCUUCCUGCUGUUGAAACAAGACUCACCUGUGAUUUUGUCUGGUCACACCAACCCAGCAAAGGCAACCUUUGUGUUGCAGUCCAGACUUUUAGGCUCCUUGAAUGAAUGGACCAGUGCUGUAAUGACAUGGAGCCGCCUGCAGGGGGAGUUGGCAGGAAGGAGAACCACUGUCAACAUACCAAGCACUUCCCUGAAAGGGAGGAGAAAGGGGGAGGAAGGCAGAGAGAAUGAAGAACUGGGGAAAGAGGAGGAGAAGUGCAAUGAGGGGUUCAGAAUAAAUACAGGAGAGCAGAGGGAGGAAGAGAGUGAAAAAGGGAGCUUGAGAAGUCCAGUACAGAGAGGCGAAAAGACGAGCAGAGAAACCUGUGGAGUUGAAGCCCAAACACUGGAGAAGAAAAGAAAGAGGGAUGAUGAAGAGGAGGCUAGUAGUGACAAAAAUGUACAGAAACAGAGGAUAACGAGAGAGGGUGAUGAAGAGGAGAGGAGGGUGGUCAGCUGUGUACAAAAUGGAAAAAAAGGAACAAUAUCAGAAACAGAUUUGUAUGGCUCAGGAUCAGUUUGUGAUCACACAACACCAGGACUAGACCACUGUGUUGUGGAAAAUGUGGAACAUGUGAAGACCACCAGAGGAGGAGAUGAGACACUAUUGCAACCCAGCAGGAACAAACCAGAGCCGCCGCUGCCGCCUUCUUCUUCUGUCCCCGUCUCCUUCAGGAUCAGCUGCAAGUGUACUGGAUCUCUGUCCCGAUACCUCAGCAUACAGGAGGUGAGCAGAGUUAUUGGAGCAGGUCUGAGCAGACAGUUGGGCUGGAAAGUUGACCUGAGGAAUCCACAGCUGGAGGUCAAUGUUUACUUGAGUGAUGACCACUGCCUGCUGGGGAUACCACUAACCAGGUUACCUCUGGCUAACCGGAGCUACAUUAAAACCACAGGACUGAGGUCAACAGUCGCCUGGGCUAUGGCCUCACUGGCUCAGAUACAGUCAGGUUUCUGUGUGGUCGACCCAAUGUGUGGGGUGGGAACCAUCUUAAUCGAAGCAGCACAGGAACACAAGGAUGUCUGUUUCCUGGGUAUGGACAUUGACGAUGGACAGCUGCAGAAGGCUAAUGAGAACGUAGCAUUUGCUGAGCUGGGAAACAGGAUACAUCUGCUGAACGCUUCAUCUAUGGUGCUGCCUUUGCCCAGCUCCAGUGUAGAUGCUGUCGUCUGUGACCUGCCAUUUGGCAGAAAAUUUGGCAGCAAAACAAACAUGGCAGCCAACCUGCCACUCAUCCUCACUGAAAUGGAGAGAGUCCUCUGUGUUGGUGGUACCCUGGUUCUCCUCCUAAGUCCUCAGUUGUCCUGUCAACUGAAAAAACUCCUGGUGCAGAAAGACACCAGACCAAAGUCUAACCAGGAAACUGAGCCUCACACUGGGACACAAGACUGCCCAUUUUCUCCUCUGUCAUCCUCAAAGCAGCAGACUUUCCAACCAGACCAUCAGACUGGGCUACAACCCAGUCCUCCUCCCCCUCUCUCCUCACUGAAGCACCAAGUGACUCUGAGAGUCAGCUUAGGCGCGAUAGAUGGACUCAUCCAUAAAUAUGUCAAGACAGACACUUGAUCCUUACUGGUGGAAGUAACAUUUCAAAGUAAUUUUUAAGUAACAAGUAUUUUUCUCUAUAUAUCAUGACCAAUAAGUGUUUUUUUUUUUUAUACCUACUCUGUAACAUGUAUAUU